UGUAGCCGGUGGUUGUGGUGGAGAGUCGGCAGCAGGGGUUUGUGUCCCUGGGAUGUUUGCUGCUGCUCCUCUUUGCCCCCGGGAUGGGGGGGCUUGGACGCGUUUGCACCCUCUUGCCUUGCCCUGGGCUCCCCACAGUGUUCGGGGGGUUGGAGACCCCCGGGCUCUUCCUCUUUGAGCCCUUCUCUUCCUAAGAGGCGACUCCUCCGUGUUCUGCCCUAAAACAGCAGCGAGCGUGUGUAAUUCAAACCCCUGCCCGGUUCUGCCUGCAAACCGCUUCCUGCCUUUUGUUUGGCAGCUAGGUAAAAGUUGAGGUCCGGUUUUCCAUCCUGGGUGUGCCCGGCUCAGCCCGGUUUUGGGAGAAACCCCAGGGGCGAUUUCAGCGCUGGAGAGGGCUGCGUGCCUUGGCACGGGCUGGUGAUAAUUGGCAUGCUCUGGGCAGGAUGGCUCCCGGCAAGACAAGGGACAUGGGGAGCACUCAGCCGGCACGGAGAGGGGAAAAGCAGUCAACAUCCCCAUCUCGGGAUGCGGUGCUGCCGGGAGAGAGGCCUUUGCCACGGUGGGCUGCGUGCCAGCGCCUGUGUACCUUGUGGGAGUCACUGGCCACCAAGACGUCCCACGUGGCUGCCCAGGCUGGUUGCUGGUGCUGUAACGGGGCAUUGCCCAGGGAGGAUCCGUCGGGAAGGGUGGAUUUGGGUUGGGGGAGGCAGAGGAAGGUGUCCAGCUCUCACUGGGUGUUGCUGAAGAGACAGAGGUCCCUCACGUACCCCCACCGAGCAGGGUGUUACCGUCACCAGCACCUCGCCAGAGGAGCUCGCUCCCCCAUUUUGGGAGGAGAGGGGUUAAGCCAAAGCAUCCGAGUUAAGCCCUGGCAGGAGGAGGCUAAAACCUCCAAACAAGGCUCGCAAAGUAGUGCAUCGCCAAGACACCAUGAUUCCCAGCACAGGUCCCUGGGGUUCCUGUUUGAUCGUGCUGCUCUGCCUUCUCCCCUGCCCGCGGGUCUGGGCAGGCAGGGAUGCCACAGGACCAGCGCUCUCCGCAGCCUCCUUCCUGCAGGAUCUCCUCCAGCGGUACAGCGAGAGCGAAACCCUGAGCCUGAAGCAGCUCAAGGCCCUGCUGAACCGCCUGGAUGUGGGAGUGGGACAUGCCAACGUCUCCCAGCCACCACAGCAGCGGGUGAACCUCUCUCGGUGCUUCAGCUCCACCGAGCUUUUUGCCAUCCACAACCUGAGCGAGGGCUCCGCUGUGGGGCACAGGGAGUUCAAGGAGUUUUGCCCCACCAUCCUGCAGCAGCUGGAGUCUGGGGCGUGUGCCUCCGAGAACCUGGAAAAUGAGGAAAAUGAGCAGACGGAGGAGAGCAGACCCAGCUCGGCUGAAAUGUGGGGCUUUGGUUUUCUCAGUGUGUCGAUGAUUAACGUGGCCUCCCUGCUCGGAGUCUUCAUCGUACCGUGUACCGAGAAGGCCUUUUUCAGCCGGGUCCUCACGUUUUUCAUCGCGCUCUCCAUCGGCACGCUGCUCUCUAAUGCGCUCUUCCAGCUCAUCCCAGAGGCAUUUGGAUUCAACCCUCAAGAGGCUUACUACGUUUCCAAAUCUGCUGUGGUGUUUGGGGGCUUCUACCUCUUCUUCUUCACAGAGAAGGUCCUGAAGAUGUUCCUGAAGCAGAAGGACCAGCAUCACCACGGGCACAGCCACUACGGCCCUGAGGCUCUGCCGUCCAAGAAGGACCAUGAUGAGGGGGUCACCGAGAAGCUGCAGAACGGGGACCUGGACCACAUGAUCCCGCACAUAACCAGUGAGCUGGAGUGCAAGAACCCCUCUGGGGAUGAGAAGGUUGUGGUGGGCUCCCUCUCUGUCCAGGACCUGCAGGCCUCCCAGAGCGCGUGUUACUGGCUGAAGGAGGUGCGGUACUCCGACAUCGGCACGCUGGCGUGGAUGAUCACCCUCAGUGACGGCCUCCACAACUUCAUCGACGGGCUGGCCAUCGGUGCCUCCUUCACCGUCUCCGUCUUCCAAGGAAUCAGCACCUCCGUGGCCAUCCUCUGCGAGGAGUUCCCGCACGAGCUGGGAGACUUUGUCAUCCUGCUGAACGCCGGGAUGACCAUCCGCCAAGCGCUCUUCUUCAACUUCAUCUCCGCCUGCUGCUGCUAUGUGGGCUUGGCCUUUGGCAUCGUGGCUGGCAGCCACUUCUCUGCCAACUGGAUCUUCGCUCUGGCCGGAGGGAUGUUUCUGUACAUAGCACUGGCUGACAUGUUCCCCGAAAUGAAUGAGGUCAGCCAGGAGGACGAGCAGAACGGCAGCACGCUGAUCACCUUCGCCAUCCAGAACGCGGGGCUGCUGACGGGGUUCACCAUCAUGGUGCUGCUCACCAUGUACUCUGGCCAGAUCCAGAUAGGGUAGGACCAGCCCGUCUUGCAGUCCGGUUCCAGCUUUUCCGUGGUUUGGGGUUAUUUUUUGGGGGGGUGGGGAGGGCAUAUUUCUUUUUUUUUUCCUUUCCUUUUCCGGCUGCAAGCAUAUGACGGUACCUGUGUGGACACUGACAUCACACUACAGAAGAAGAGGCAUUGCUUUUAAAGCUAUUCCACAGACCGUUUUAUUUUGGUUUAAGGCUGAGGGGAGCUUAAUCCCCUUUGCCGUAGGACCGAACUGACCAGAGGAUCUCUUUCCAGUGUCAUAUCCCUUCUCUCCUUGCAUCUUCUGGGAAGGAUGGAGUUGGGAGACAGGAGCAGCUCUAGCUGUGUGGCUCCUCUCCUUGUGUUCGGAGCAGUGCGAUGGGACGUGAUGGACUCCUGACCCCUUUGCAGGGGAUGCGUGAUGGGGGACCGUGGGGUACAGGGCUAGCGCUGGACGCGAGCUGCCUCCGCCUGCUCACCUACCAGGGAAGGGAUGCGCAGGGGGUGAAAAAUAUCAUCACAAAGAAGGGGAACGGGGACCCGCCACGUUCGCCGGCAUCGCACAAGGAGCCGAUGUUUCUCUCCUGCCUGGGGAGGUGGUAUUCUGCUUUGGGAGCGCACGGUCCAGGAGACAGAGUUACCUACCAGCCAGUCCUCAGAGCUGUGCUCUCCAAGCCCAGAGGGCUGCUGAGGAAGAGGAGGCUCGAGGAGCACGGCUCAUGAUUUGAGCAUCAUCCUUGCUGUCUUCAGAAAUGUUUCUCUGAAGCCACAUCUGGUUUUGCUCCCGUUCUGCCUUGGCAACCUGCACAAUGCCCUGGGAAGAGCAGGGUGAAGAGGGUUUGUUUUCUUUCUUAUAUUUUUAUAAAGCACAUUCUGGGCGUCAGCGCUGGGAGCAGAGGACACCAAACCACAACCCUUGCGGGUCGGACUGACGGACGCAGGCUGCAUGGGGCAGCGGCUGGGAGAAGGCUAGUAGGAUGCUCUUGCCUCCUUUAGGUUCCUGCUGCUGUAUGGGGGGGGGGGAAAACCCCUCCUCCUUCCCCGAGUGCAGGUGUGCAGCAAUGCUGGCGAGAAGGGCACAAGGGCAGAGCUGGCAGGGCGAGCCCCUGCCCGGCCACAGGCUCCCCAGCCGGGGGAUCGGUCCUUACACUGUGACCCAGCUCACUCCGACACCUGGGAACGAACACUGGUUUUUAAACGCUGAUGCUGCUGAGUUGCUGAGGUUCAGGGUGGGGGGGUGUUUUUUAAAAAAAAAAAAAAUAGACUGUGAACCUCUUUAGGUUGUGUGUUUCCAGCCUUAGGGAGUAGCCAGAGAAGGGUGUUACAGGCAUUUCACAGCUCUGCUUCUGAGCUGGCUUUCCCCAGAUUCACUAGGUGAAUUGACUUAUUAUCAUAUUGAUAAUGUUGCCCACCCCACCCGUGUCUCUUGAUGUUCCCUUGCACCCCCUUCUCCCCCCAGACCUUAUCCUGCACCCAGGAGCUGUGAGUUUGUGGCCAUGUGGAUAAGCGGGAGCUGAUUUAGGCAGCUUACCCUAGUGGGUACGGCGUUGGAUUGGGGUGAAGGAGCGGUGCGGACGGCUUUGAGAAGUGCUUUGGUGUACGUGCGGGGAUGGCUUGUCACUGAGCGUCUUCCUUCGCUCCCUGCUUGUGCAGGUGGCCAUGAGGUGCAUGUGAUGGGGUGACAGCCAUCCUGCCACCUCAGCUCGGUGCUGCUCGGUGCUGGGGGCUGGAGCUGAGGCUCCCCAUGCCUUGCCUUCCACCCCUGUUGGAAAGCAAAGCAGAGGGUGUGCUGGGUAUUUUUCCUGCCCAUCACAAGAGAGGCAAGGGACCUUGGCCCUUGGCACGGCCUGGGGCAGGCUCAGCACCAUCCAGUACCCUGGUUUGAUCGCUGGCUGCUAGUACCUCACUGUCAUUCCUAAUUUGCCUUAGGUGCCAGCUGGAUGAUAUUCCUCUUAGGCUCCUAACAGCUGUCCCUGAGUCCUUAGGUCUCUGCCUGUUGAGAAGCGGCACUGCCAGCAUCCUUGUGGAUCGGCAUCUCUGCUCUUGGUGGCUUUGGCUAGGCCGGGCAUUGACUUUGUCCCCUUGGCACCUGGGAAGCUGUUGGCUUUGUCCCACACGGUUAAAUAUCAGCAUGUCGAGGAGCAGGGAGCCUUCUUGGGAGCCACCCCUCAAUGCAGAGGUACCACACGGUCCUUGGGCUGCUCGCUGCCAUUGGUGAUGCCUUCAAGGAGAAACAGGCUCUGCUUUAUCCCAGGCAGUGUCUCUUGUUCGUGUGGACAGUUAUCGUAAGUCACUCUGUGGCUGGUCCCUGGGACAGAGCCACCUCGAAGCAGCACAGUCUGUCCCACCUUGGGCACCCCGCCACCUCUGCAGCACCUCAGGGUUGUUACCUGUGCUUUAGGUUGCUGCUAAUUUCUCAGUAGUUGGGAGGAAAGUGGUGUUGGAAACUCCCUUUCCCUGCUUGAGAGAGCCGCAGUCCCAUCUGACCGACUUGAUGUGGAAAAACUGAGUCCUUUCUAUGGCAUACGUGCCCUCUCUUCUCUCUGAAGGAAGUAUUUGGAAAACACGGUAUCGCUGGCGGCUUUCCACAGGGCAGAGGGCAGCCAUAGCGCUGCCGGGGCUGGCAGGAGCGGUGCAGCGGCGCGUACAGAUGGAAAAGCUGCCGCGUUGGAGGCGAAGGGGGGAAAAUCUUGUUGUCUGUUCUCUGGGGACCACGAGGUGUUUGCAGAGUGUGGCUGGGAGGUCCCCCGCGUUCCCGAGAGCUGGCAACGUGGCGAGGACUGACGCUUGGCUUGCUUGGAGCUGGCACACGGUGGGGAAUCAUGAGUCCGUUGUCUUCUCAUUUCGAGUUUAACCCUGUUUCUUGCCAACUGAAUUUUGAGAAAUCUGCAACCCUGAAAUUUGGGGUGUCGAGGGGUGAAACCCCCUCAGAGAAACAAGGCUCCUCGCAGAGCGGUGGGAGAGAGCUCCUGUCCCUGGCUCGGGCAGCUGGUACCCGCUGGCGGGGACGGGAUGGGGCAGAUGGGAGGAUGAGGAGGGAAAACAACCCAAAUCGAGCUUGUUAUGGAUUUUCAUCCGUGUUCCCCUUCCCGUGUCCGGUUCAAAGCUCAAGUUCCAUCUCAGUGUUUCAAUAACUCAGGUGUUGUAAGAGAUAAGCGUUGAAACAAAGAAUAUAACUUAUGUCACGUGAAUUGUAAAGUUAUUUGUAAAAUUCCAUGAAUAAAAUAUAUUCUGUAAUGAUG